CCCAGGUUUUCUUUAAUUAGAGGAGAGUAUCCAUGCACUAUAGUGCUUGGCUACCUUUUCUUCCUAUUACAUCUCCUUAAGUGGCAAGCUGCUAACUAUGCUGAAGAAGAUGUUGUUCCUCCUGGCCUUGUUGGUUUCAGUGCUGGCUUUUCCAACAGGAACCUCAGAUGCUGUCACUUCUACACAGAACACCACAGCAGGUCCUACUGAUUCCACCUGGUCUAACAUUGAAGACACUACAGCAAAGAUGGGAGAUGCUGUCACUGUCCAGCAGGACACCACAGCAGGUCCUACUGAUUCUACCAGGCCUAACACUGAGGAGUCUACUGCAAAGAUGGGAGAUGUGGUCACCAUCCAGCAGGAGGUCACCACAGCAGGUCCUACUGGUACCACCAGGUUGACCACUGAGGAGUCUACAGCAAAGAUAGGAGAUUCUACCAGGUCUACCACUGAGGAAUUGAUGGCAAAAAUGGAUGCUGUCACUGUCCAGCAGGACACCACAGCAGGUCCUACUGUUCUACUAGAUUCUACCCGGUCUAACCCUGAGGAGUCUACAGUGAAGGGAGAUGUGGUCACCAUCCAGCAGGAGGACACCACAGCAGGUCCUACUGAUUCUACUAUGUCUACCAAUGAAGAAUUGAUGGCAAAGAUGGGUGCAGACACCGUCCAGCAGAAUACCACAGCAGGUCCUACUGAUGUGGUUGCUGUUCAGCAGAAGUACACCACAGCAGCUUCUACUGAUUCCAACCAGUCUACCACUGAGGAAUUGAUGGCAAAGAUGGAUACAGUCACUGUCCAGCAGGACUUCACAGCACAUCCUACUGAUGUCACCAGUUCAACCACUGAAGAGUCUACAAUAAAGAUGGGAGAUGCUAUCACUGUCCAGCAGAAUGUCAUCACCACAGCAGGUCCUACUGAUUCCACCAGGUUUACCACUGAAGAAUCUAUGGCAAAGAUGGAUGCAGUCACUGUCCAGCAAGAUACCACAACACGUCCUACUAAUUACACCAGUUUGACCACUGAGGAAUCUACAGCAAAGAUAGGAGACUCUACCAGGUCUAACACUGAGGAAUCAAUAGUAAAUAUGGAAGAAUCCAUCACUUCCCAGCAGGAAGAUGCCACAGCAGGACCUAUUGUUUCCACUGGGCCUAAUACUGAGGCGUCUACAGCAAAAAUAGAUAUCAUCAUUUCUAACUCAAACUCAACUGUGCAGAUAACAGACUCUACUUCCCUCCCCACUGAAGUAUUCACAGUGAAUGAUACAGUGCAACCCAGCAGCAGUUUGAAUACAGAGUCUGCAACUGGGAAUACACAAGGAACCACCAACACCACAGAAAGUAAGGGGAGCACAGAUCAGCUCUGUAAAAUUAAGAUGCACAAGUGAAUCCAGCCUUAAGUCCCGGGGUUCGCUGCAUGCUGACCUCAGCUUGUCCAGAAACAUCUAAGCCUUAGAUCUCCAUAGCUUCUAAAAGUAGUUUUGAAGGAUAUUGGUGUUAAAUUCUUAAGUUUUUCCUUGUUUUGUUCAGGAUGUUGUCACUUUUUUUGAACCUUCCUUUGACUUGCCAUUUGUCCUCUGUUUGUUUGGUUUUUUGUUUUUUUAUAUCCUUAUAAAUGAUUAUCUGUGUAGAAAAAAAAAUGGAUCCUGAGUUUUGUCCUAUCCUUGCUCUUCCAACUCUAGUUGUUUUCAAGUAGUAUGACCAAGGAAUACAGUACUUCCCCAGUUAUACAAACCCUUCCUGGAAGCUGAAUUAAUUUGGAUAAGUGAAACUGCAGCAUCUGGUGAAAAAGUAUACACAUGUGUUGGCAUGUAUCACAAAACCAUAUCACACCUCACAGGAGAGAAACUAAAUGAAGUAGAGCAUAAAAAGAAAACAAUUGGAUUGGGUCAGCCAUCUUUUUUGACUGAUCUAACCUUCUUGGAACUUCUGUACAGGUUGCUUUUAGGUUCACUUAUCUAGGGGUUGAAAUGUAAGGUUUGGGUGGCCAUUUUUAACCCGAUCUAACCUUCCUGAAGGUCUGUACCCACCCUAGGAGAGCUUUACUGAAUGAGAGUACAGCUAAACCUGUGAAACAAGCCUGCAUACCAUAUCCGUGCAUGGAGUAUCAGGGCUGCUGGGAAGUGCCAUCAUGAGGAAGGGAGGGUUUCUGCCUUCUGGUAGACUGUGUUAGGGCUUAAGGAAUAUAUCCUAAUCUGCCAUCCUCUGUGCUUGAGGUCUGAGUGUCUAGCAGGAUAUUUCCUCCCUGCUGCCUGUUCCUGGCUCCUGUCUCGGGUUGAAAGAGAAUUGGAAGGGAGGUAUGUUAUAUUGGGAAACCAGUAUGCGAGUGAAGAGGACUGAAAAAACACAAGGAUAUGAGGUUGUGGGUCCUGUAGGUAGUACUCUGCCAUCUUCAUACCAAACAAUACCUUUUUGGCAAGAUGUUUUAUUCUGUUCAGGGAUUGAGGGAGUUGGUGUAGGGCAGAAUCUUCCUGUGCCUUUCUGUUGGAGGGAGAUGGUGAUUGAGGGCUGGGAGUUGGGACUCCUAUAUUCUACUCCACAUCCAGGAGCAGAGCUUAGCCAUACAUUUGCUAUGUGAUCUUUAGGCAGGUUUCCUUGGCUGGGGGAGGCAGGGGAAUGACUGGAUUUGUUAAGUCCAGAGCAGGGGGGGCCAUCUCUGUAUUGAGCUUGUCCAAAAAUUCUCAGAGUUGUCUUUUUUUCUUUUCUGCUGUUGAUAUAAUGCAAGUGCUGUUCCCUUGUGGCUAUAGCGAUCUUUGUUUUAAAAUAAGCCUUGCAUGAUGAAGUUUUAUGAUCAACAUUAUCACCAUUGUAAAUCUGAUUUUGGCUGGGUGCUAACAAACAAUCUCUGUGGAAAAUAUUCCAGCUCCCACUGAGUAUGUUUAUGCCUUUUUUUUUUCCCUUUUUUAUUUUUAAUUUCUUACCAUAAAGUUCCCAGUUUAUUAAUGGAGCAUCCUUUGUAGAAAAAAAGAUGCACUUUAUUUCAUUUACUUUAAUGUCAUUCCCCCCCUUGGGUAAAGAGCUGUCUUCACUGGAAAAACAAAAAUGCCAACAGCAGUGUAUGGACCAGCCUCCUUCAUGGCUAAGGAAAAGAUGCACACUUCAACAGGCUAGGGAGUGGGUGUGUUC